CUCGUACGAUAUCACUUCGAACCGCGAUAAAGGCUGGGAAAGGAGAUCUCAUCUCUGACAGCGUAUACUAUCGCUGCAAGGUCAAGAUCUCAACAAAUUUUCACACAUGGAUACCCGGUCGUCAGCUGCAUGGUAUGAGCUGAUAACAGCUAUAGUAGAUGAGCAUGGACAAGGGAUUCCGCAUUGGCUCUGGGCUUCUCCGUUGCCUCACAAGAGCCUUGUUCAUAGCGCGAGCCUCAGCUUGUCAGCUACGCGGCCUCGACUCCAUCUUGCCGCAAGUAUCACUCAGCUCUCAAGGCCUGUGCCCGCAAACCUGCCCGGCUAAGAAAUUUGGCUUGUGGGCCAGGAUUAUUACAUCUUUGCAGUGUGGAAUCAAAACUUGCGCAGAAUUUCCCAUUAUCCCUAAUGCCUAUGAAGCCAAAUCAACGAGCUUUGGGCUGAGAAACGACCGAGUCGAAACGCCAUCCAGUCCGGGCCUCGUAGAGCUCCGUACAAGAGCCCCGUGCUGGACCGACGUGCGAAGCGGAGGGGGCCGAUGGCCUCCGGUCACGCCACGCAGGCGCGCGACCAACGCCCUCCGUUGAGAAUCAUGCAACAUGUGUUUUACAAUUCGCAUUGUGCACUUGUUGCGGCUAGGCUAAAACAACGACACCCGCGUUCCGGAUGGAGCGGGCCGGAUCGCAUCGCGGCUACGGUUGAAGCUUCGGGCGCCUUCCGUAGUAACGACCCCUCCAAGCUUGAUGGGUGAGGACCUCGCUUCUUCGUCUCUAUCUUGUUUGAAUCG